AUGUUGGAAUUGAACUGCUCCAAAGCAGCCCUUGUCUCAUCCACAACUGAACUCUUCAGUGGCCCUGGCUGCCCUGAGGCUGCUUUGGCAUGUGGGAUGAAUAUGUCCUGGGUUUUGGCCAGCUCCACUGCAGAAGAGCUUGAUUUGUUGUGCUUGAGUGAAGAGGAGUACCUGACCAGCAGGCUGGAGCAACGGAGGUCCCCUGACUUUCUCCCUGUCUGUGUCACCUACCUCACUAUCUUCUUGGUGGGUGUAUUGGGAAAUGCCCUGACCUGCACAGUCAUUUUACGCUACAGGGUGAUGCAGACACCCACAAACUACUACCUGCUGAGCCUGGCAGUGUCGGACCUGCUGGUGCUGCUUCUGGGUAUGCCGCUAGAGCUCUACGAGAUGUGGCAGAACUACCCCUACCUGCUGGGGGAAGGAGGCUGCUACUUCAAAACCUUCCUGUUUGAGACCGUCUGCUUUGCAUCAAUCCUCAAUGUCACAGCACUUAGCGUUGAGCGCUACAUAGCAGUGGUGCACCCACUCAAAGUCAAACACAUGACUACAGGUACUCAUGUGAAGAGGGUGAUCUUCAUUCUGUGGGUGCUGUCCAUGCUUUGUGCUGUACCUAACACCAGUCUGCAAGGGAUUGAGGUGCUGGAUCCAUUGUUUGGGCGAGAGUUUCCCCAAUCUGCAGUGUGCACAGUGGUCAAGCCUGUCUGGAUGUACAGAAUAAUCAUCUUGAUUACUACGCUGGUCUUUUUUCUGCUCCCCAUGUUGAUAAUCAGCAUCCUCUACCUGCUCAUUGGCCUGCAGCUGCGCAGGGAGAAGGUGAUGACUGUGGUGGAUCCUAGGGGUACUUUCAGACCAGAAAGUAUUUCCAAAUGCCACAGGCAGAGGCUGAGCAAACGCAACAAGCAGGUCACCAAAAUGCUAUGUGUGCUGGUGGUCGUAUUUGGACUCUGCUGGGCUCCCUUCCACACAGAGCGCUUGGGGUGGAGCUACCUGGACCCCUCUGAUAAGAGGCAUAUUUUCGGGCCAAUCCACAUCGUCUCUGGAGUCUUCUUCUACCUGAGCUCUGCUGUCAACCCCAUCCUCUACAACCUCAUGUCUACCAGGUUCAGAGAGAUGUUCAGUCACAUGACCUGCUGCUCAAAAAGAUGGGCAACACGCUCCAGCUUGCAUCUGACCCAGCGCAGCACGUUGAGUGAGAAUAUGACCAGUCUGAAAUCAACCUAGGCAAAGUCAAAGAACGUUACACACUGUAUAUAUAAGUACUGUAUGUUGAAGUUGAUAAACCUUCAAAUAGAAGGGACUUGAGCAAAACUAAAGGAUAUUUCUCUGUCAUUGAUAUGUGAUGUAAGAAAAUGAUGACUAAAUGAGCAGAGCGAGGUGACAGAGGCUCUGUGACAAGCAUGAUCAAGAUGCACAUGCGAAAAAGGGCAGACUUGCAUGUUGUACAUUACUGUAUCCAUUGUACCUAUUGUAGAAAGCUACACAGAGCCUCAAGUCCCAUUUUGGAAAGGUAGAAAUAAGCAAUAGAACAAGAAGAAGCAAAAUCAUGAAGUGACAGAGCGACGUUGACCUCUGAGGUUAAUGUUAGCAUGAACAACAAAAUUGUCACACAAAUGAAAUGAAAACAGUUUUCAGCAUGGCAAACAGAGCACACCUGACUGAACCAGCUGAAUGUUUAUUGUGUAUAUAUGUACUGUAUAAAGUGGGUUAUAACGUUUCCAGGCUCCUCUAUUUACCGCUGUACAGCUACCAAUGUCAACAUCCCUGUUUAAAAGCCACAUUUGUUUGUGAAAGAAUCGGAUUUGAGAGGGAAAGUCGUUGCAGGAAAGCAGAGGAGUAAAUAUGAGAAUGUGUCACUGAUAAUUAUGACCUAUGUCAAAGGUAUGGAAGUAUGGCAGCCUUGAUAAGCAUACAUGCAUCAAUACAUUUUAAUUACUCCAUUUCUUGUGAUAAUGACAUCAAUUCUGUUAUUUUCUCCAGAUCUCAGAGUCGUACAAAAGCACAUAACAAAUAGAAAUUGAUUUAAUUGACCUCAUUGGUGUGGACAAUGGCAGCAUGUCAUGUUGUGGUGUGGCCUGUCACAGUGACCAGCCUAUUGUUUUGU